AGGCUCCCCUUCGACACCGUACGAUUGCACCGGAUCCAUUCCCUCGUUGCCUGUCCAUUGUUUCGAUCGAAACCCAAACCAAACGAAUAUGAUGAGCACUCUCGAUGUCAGUGUCGGUUUGCGGGGAAGCCGUCGGGUCCAAGACGACGCGGCGGUGCCGCCUCCACCGUCCAUCUAUCCUCCGCCUCCCGCCGACGUGGCUGCGGCGGAACAAGCCCGUUCAGAAGUCAACACGGAAGAUACAGAAGAAGGGUUCCGUGAAGUCAAUGAAGAGGGAGAGGUGGAAGACGGUGAAGAAGUAGACAUGGAAGAUGGAGAAGAGACGGAACAAGAAGAGGAAGAAGAAGAAGACGAGGAGGAGGAAGAAGAAGAAGAAGAAGAAGAAGACGAGGAGGAGGAACAAGAAGAAGACGAGGAGGAGGAACAAGAGGAAGUAGACGAGGAGGAACAAGAAGAGAAGGAAGAAGAUCCAGAGAAGGAACCAACCCAGGAGGGCAUCGAGACGGACGCAGCGUCUAAAGACGCAGAAGCGCUGGACGAAUCCGGAGAAGAUGCGGAUGCGAUGAAAGCGAAAUCGAGCAGCGCCGACCCAACGAAAGCUGUGGAGGAAAAGGAGGACGAGGGUCCCGACAGUAAAUCCAACGACGAAGAAACACCAGAGGGUACCACUGAUGCAGACGAGGGAACCGGUGGAGGCAGUGAGGACGUCGAUUCUGUACAGAAAGUCGACGAAGUGGAUGCGAAUAAAGACAAAACGGAAGAUGCAAACGCUUCGAACGACGACACCAGCGGCAGUGGAGACCGUGAAAGCGCGGAUGCCAAAGAGAAUAAUGAAGAAACAGACGAGGAAGAAAAGCCGGAAGGUGACAAUGACAGUAAAGACGAAGUUAGCAACGACAGCAAGGAUGAAGAAGAGGAUAGCGAAGACAGCGAGGAUGAAGAAGAGGAUAGCAAAGACGAUGACAUGGAGAGCGAGGACAACAUCGUGCUUCCCGAGAAGCCUUCGCUGCCGGACAAUCCAAAGGACCUUGAACUCCCAUCCAUGGACCUGCCCGCGACCAAUAGUGGAACAAGUGCGAAUAGUUCACCACAGCUGGCGGCGCCGGGUGGAAAUUCCCGAGAGGAGAAUUUGUUCGGAUUGAAUGGACCGCUUGUAGUGGGCAUUGCGGUUGUUGGUAUGAUCUUGGCCCUAACGCUCCGCAAGCGCCGCAAUGCGUCCAAGAACAACACCUUUCGUACGGUCCAACGUGGAACGAAAGCGCAAGGAUACCGCCGUCUCUAAUGAAAAGGGGAACAUCCUCAAGCAAAGAGUCGUAGUGUACGUUCCUUACAUAAGCAUAUAUACUUCUACAAUUUUGGAACAAUGC